AUGUACGACUCGCAAAUCCCGGCGUAUGGAAAGCUCGAGGAGCAGAACCGACAGUCAGAAGAAAUCGUUGCGAGUACACCCCCCGUGCACCCGCCAGAAACUGCGCUCUCGCCGGCGACACUAGAAAGGGGGACCUCCGUCGUCUCAUCCCUAUCAUCGUCUACUCGAAGUCAAGGUCGAUAUGAGAGAUUGGAUAUGCCCCCGUCGCCGAUGUCGGAGGAUGGGCUGUACCCAUGGAAGUCGAAUGAUCCAUCAGAGGCGGCGUCGGGAAAGAUUGAGAAACAGGAUGCCAGUACAGGGCCGGCGGAAAAGACCAGAGUGGAAACACCGCUGGCUCGGAGAUCGGAUUCAAUGUCAGAAAAGAGGGGAGCAGGAGACUGA